AUGUGCCCUGUGAUUGGCUGGCUAUUUUCCAUUUUAUCAUCCAAAUAUUCAAACUUUUUUGACAAAUAAUCUGUUUGGAAUAUUUAGACUUUAUUCCCAUAAUGUUUAAACUUUUCCCAAAUGUUAUUUUCCAAACAUUACGUUUUAAUUUUGUUAGGUUUUCAUACGAAUCCACCGUAUUUAUUUUCGCUGGAAACCGGAAGCGUGACGGACAGACAGGCGGCGACACUUGUCACGUGGCGCGUGACGUCAUCAACGUGUCCUUACCCGCCCGCUGAGACGAGUCGGCGUGCGCGAGCGCGUGCGCUACUAGUUGAAUCCAGACGUUGGAUCACGUGACCGGCUCAGCGGGGGGAAGCGCGCUGUUGCGCGUGCACAGAGCCGACGAACCUGCGCGCACACGCAUCGAGGCGGACAGAGGACGAAACGGGGACACUUCCUGUCCCUCCGAACCCGCACCACCGUCUGCUGGAUGGGGGGGAAGCAGAGCUCGGCGGGCCGGCCGCGGGGUUCUUUUCCUGGAGUGUCCGCGGAUGACAGCGCGGUACCGGUGCCGCCCUCCGCCCAUUUCAGCCACUACCGGUCCGGCGGCACCAUGGGCCUGCGGAGCCGCUCUGUGAGCUCCGUGGCCGCGAUGGGCAUCGACCACAAUCCCGCCGUGCCCUUCGGCUUCUACACCCCCAGGAACGCGGACUCGGACCGGACUGGAGGCGGGGCCGGGGGCGCUCCCGCUCCCUCCCACGGAACCGAUCAGCGGGGCACCGGUGGCGGACGGCACCACACGGACGGGAUGCUCUACCUGGGGUCCCGGGGGUCCCUGGCCGACACCUUGCCCCUUCACAUCACCCCCCGCUGGUUCAGCGCUCAUAGCGGAUUCAAAUGUCCCGUCUGCUCCAAGUCUGUGGCGUCCAGUGAAGUGGAACUUCACUUCAUCCUGUGUCUCAGCAAGCCUCGACUCUCCUACAACGAUGACGUGCUGUCGAGGGACGCCGGAGAGUGUGUGAUCUGUCUGGAGGAACUGCACCAAGGAGACGCCAUAGCCAGACUCCCGUGCCUCUGUGUCUACCACAAAAGCUGUAUAGACUCCUGGUUCGAGAUCAACCGGUCCUGCCCUGAACAUCCUUCUGACUGAGUGCAGGCCCGCUGAUGAUGCCGUUGAAGGACACGGCGGUGGUCCUGCUGUGGACGUGCGGACGCGAGCGCCAGGCCAAGGCUAGCAGACUCAAGGAGCAGGAAGACCAGAAGGACUCUUUACCCUCCGAAGACGACUUUUGGAAUGGAACCACAUGACAAAAAGUCCCUCCCCAGCUUCCAUCCAAGGGCUUCACCUGCCUCAUCUCCAAGCACCUGGACGUGGGCUCAGGCGCCAAGCAGGCCGCCCGGCCGGCUGGCGGCCUCCGUGUCUCCUGCCUUCUCUGUGGCCUUAAAGGACGAGAGGCCAGCCAUGCAGUAUCCCCUCUGUGUGUGUGUGUUGAAACGUUUACAGCCUCCAUGUUUCCUGUGGUUGACUGGCAGUCCUCCCUUUACUUUGCGAUUGUUUACAGUCGGCCGCGCGCUACGUGGCGCUCUGGGUUUGCUUGGUUCCUUUUGGACUUUGUGUGUUUCCCGGUGAAAAGUAACGCGCGUCUCCACGCAUGCUGCCCCACGCCAUGACGCCAUCCGCUUGGACGUAAACAUCGACUUUAAGGGGCUUAUUUAUUCAUAUGUCAUAUUUAGCCAGAUUUGGUUGAUAUUCCAACCGUGUCACGUUGAUCUAGAAAAGGAAAAACGUGUAUUAACAAAGCUAGCAUUUAAGCUAUAAAUGCUGAUAGACCACGUUAGCAUUACAACAUAUGCUAAUCAUUUGGAAUGCUAAUUCAGUCAACACAUACACCGCACAUCCAGGGAUUCAUUAUUUCAUUCAUAAAGAUGAUAAUGUAUCAAUAAAUAUAAUAUAUAUAUGUAUAUAAUAUCAAUAAAUUCAA